CUACUAAAUAUUUGUAAGGAUUCGAAGUGGUUGUUGUGUGAAUGUGUUGAAGUUUCAUAUCUGUUUUAAUUUAAAUUUACGGAGCGUAGUAGAGCGAGAGCUACUUUUUCAUUCCUAAAUCAUGCCUACAUUAACUAUCAACACAAAUAUCCCGAAAGCAAAGAUUCCAGAUGGAUUUUUGCAAAGUACAGCUAAAUUAGUUGCAGAAUUGCUUGGGAAACCGCUUUCUUAUGUUGUUGUCCACAUCAAUCCAGAUCAACUGAUGUCAUGGGCAGGAUCAUCUGAUCCGUGUGCUGUUGCUUCAUUAGGCAGUAUUGGAAGUUUGGGAACAGCUCAAAAUAUUAAGAUAUCUGGAAAGCUGUUCCCUCAUAUUAAAGAAACUCUUGGUAUAAAUGAAGAUAGAAUGUACAUUACUUAUGUGAAUCUGGAAAGAGCUAAUGUUGGAUAUGCUGGAACAACAUUUGCUGACAUGUAGUUGCUGCCUUUUAUUUUUCCAAAAGGGAAAAAAUCUAAUUUUUUAUGAUUAAACUUUGAAAUAUAAUUUUGUAUGAUUAAGCAUAUGUUUGUAUUGUAUUUGUUAACUAAACAUUCCCAAUCUUGUUUGAUCAACUAUAAAAUAAAUCUCUUAUGAUCUUUGCA